CCGGGUGAGGUCACUCUUUGUGGUGGCCGUGGCUGCUGUUGGCAAGAUGGCGCCGGUGGAGAAGAAGUUGCUGGGGCCGGAGGCGGCCGGCGCCGCCGAGAUCCCCAGCGAGGAGGAGGAAGGGCAGAACCUGUGGUCCUCAAUACUGAGUGAAGUUUCCACCCGGUCCAGGUCUAAAUUACCAUCAGGCAAAAACAUUCUUGUUUUUGGUGAUGAUGGUUCAGGUAAAACAACACUUAUGACUAAAGUACAAGGAGCAGAGCACAGCAAGAAAGGAAGAGGAUUGGAAUAUUUGUACCUAAAUAUUCAUGAUGAAGACAGAGAUGAUCAGACUCGCUGUAAUGUUUGGAUUCUAGAUGGAGACCUGUAUCAUAAAGGGCUCUUGAAGUUUGCUGUUUCUGCAGAAAACCUGCAAGAGACCUUAGUAGUUUUUGUGGCAGAUAUGUCUAGACCGUGGACUGUUAUGGAAUCUCUACAAAAAUGGGCCAGUGUCUUACGUGAGCACAUUGAUAAGCUGAAAAUUCCCCCGGAAGAGAUGAGAGACCUGGAACAAAAAUUUAUAAAGGAAUUCCAGGAGUAUGUGGAACCUGAAGAAGGCUACCAAGGAUCACCACAGAGAAGAGGUCCUUCAUCAUCUGGCCAAGAAGAUGAAAAUAUUACUUUGCCACUUGGAGAGAAUGUGCUGACUCACAAUCUUGGGAUCCCUGUGCUGGUGGUUUGUACAAAGUGUGAUGCAGUGAGUGUACUAGAGAAGGAACAUGACUACAGAGAAGAACACUUUGACUUCAUUCAGUCACACGUUCGUAGAUUCUGCUUACAGUAUGGAGCUGCCUUGAUUUAUACAUCAGUUAAGGAAGAAAAGAACCUUGACUUGCUGUAUAAGUACAUUGUACAUAAAACAUAUGGUUUUCACUUUACCACACCUGCCUUAGUGGUAGAAAAGGAUGCAGUCUUUAUACCUGCUGGUUGGGACAAUGAAAAGAAAAUUGCUAUUUUACAUGAAAACUUCACAACGGUGAAACCAGAAGAUGCAUAUGAAGACUUCAUUGUAAAACCUCCAGUAAGAAAGUUAGUCCAUGAGAAAGAGUUGGCAGCAGAAGAUGAGCAAGUGUUUCUUAUGAAGCAGCAGUCUUUACUUGCCAAGCAGCCAGCCACGCCUACAAGAGCAUCAGAAUCUCCUGCAAGAGGACCUGCAGGAUCCCCAAGAACCCAAGGCAGAGCUGGUCCUGUCAACGUACCCAGUGCCUCACCAAUAACAUCAGUUAAGAAACCAGAUCCAAAUAUUAAAAACAAUGCUGCAAGUGAAGGUGUGUUGGCUAGCUUCUUUAACAGUCUGUUGAGUAAAAAGACUGGCCCUCCUGGGAGUCCUGGAGCUGGAGGAGUGCAGACCACAGCCAAAAAAUCAGGGCAAAAGACUGUUUUGACAAAUGUUCAAGAAGAACUGGAUAGAAUGACUCGCAAGCCCGAUUCCAUGGUAACAGCAAACUCUCCAACAGAGAAUGAAGCUUGAUAGCGCUUAAAAAAUGUAUAUGUAAAUGACCAAAUAACUAUGUAUAUUGAUCUGAUAAGACCAGGAUUUUUCUGCUAUGGCAGAUGCUAUAAGUUUUCUUGGGGCAGGGGAAAUGAACUUAAAACUUCAUUGGCUUGUCCCAGUAUAAAGUGCACAUUCAGGAAGUUUGCAUAUAAAAUCCCUCUGUAUAAGAUAACCAUUUAAAGUUUAUAUAGGGCAAUUCUCUUGAUUUUGGAGAUAAGCAGGUACAUCAGCAGCUGAAUUUCUUGUUAUGAAGAGCACAGAGAAGCAAAAUGCAGAAUACCUUUUGCAAUACUACUACUGACUGCACACAAAGCAAGAAAGACAUGAAAUCCCUUUUCAGAGUUACUGGACUUGGCCAUUUGUAUGUUAGCAAACACAUUGGUGUACUUGGAAAGGUGGUGAUACAGCACAGCAUUAAUUAGAUGGAGGAGAGAGAAAUCCAGGUAGGAAAUGCAGCACUAGUAGGGGGACGCGAGAUUUGGCUCAGUAGGAAUAAAGAAUGCUGACUGGACUGGAGAGGGAACACAGUUACUAAAUCCUGUGGUCAACAUAGGGCAAAUAAUCACUGUUUAAAAAGACUUCUUAAAAUUAGAGAAUUUCCAAGCCAAACACUAAGCAUCAUGGGAAUUAUUCUUGUUAUAAAUUGCGUCUUUACUUUAACAAAAGGUGUAUAAAAUGGGGGGAUGCCCUUUUUGGUAUAGCUAACACAGGGAGAAACUACAACUUGCUUAGAUCCAAGUGCCUGGCACAAAGUGUGAUGUCUUUAGAAGGUGCUUGAACUUAUUGUGCACUGUAGUACAAACAGUCACUGUUUGGUUUUAUUUUAAAAUCAGUCGUGGUAACAAUUGUAUUUAAUUUCAAAUCCUGUUUUCUGAUUGCUCCUGCCUUGUUUUUUUAAAUGCCAAGAGGCUAACCUAAGAGUGAUGGGUGACAUAUCAUUUUCCCAUAAUGAAAUGUGCUACAGAAUACUCAAAUACUUCUUGUUUGUAAUUAAACAAUGGCUACCAAGCUCAGACUGAUUCCUGCCUUAUACCUAUGGAAGUUUUAUAGACUUCCAAGGUUCUUGUUCCAGCCAUGUAGGCUGCAAUCUGCAGCAGACUCUCCAAUUCUAACAAUAAAUUGAAGAGUAUGAAUAUGUACACUGAAGAAUAUAGAACCAGUGACUGUUCAGUUUGUAUUUUUCCCUAAAUGUAGCAUUUUCAUAUGGAAAGUUGCAGUUGUCCCCUGUUGCUAUAUGGAGUAGUGUCCUUGGUCACGUCAAACCAAUGUUCCGUAAAACACUUCUUCAGUUACUGAAAUGGCACUUUGAUUUUAUCACGGUAUAUUUGUUUUACACAUAAACACUACCAUAAAUGAACUGUAUCAAGCAUAUUCUGUGCUUUGAAGGGAAAAAAACCACAAUUUGAAUUAUACAGAGUUUACUUUUUAUUGAUAUGAACUUGUUUGUUGUACUAAAUCUGAUGUCUGGAUAUAGCUUCCCUAAUAUAUAUCAUUACUUAAAUAUACAGAAUUAGAUUGACCAUUAACACAGUCCUGGACAUAACUUCAAAUCCUAUGUUAAAUCAAGAGGCUGGCUUUUUCCUGUUUUGUAUGUCUGUCUAAACAUUAUCUAGAAAGCUAAGAGUAUUUACUUGCCUCUUUGACAAACAUUAACAUAAAAGCAUGUUACUUGUGCCAGUUUUAUUCUUGAAAAUAUUAUAUUUUUUCCAUUUUUUUUUUACUUUUUUUAAUGUUAUGACCUUGAGUUACACAUUUGUCUAAAUGGUUGAAAACUGAGAGGCUUUGGACAGCAGAUAGGUUGUGUGGUUGUUCUGCCUGUAACAGGUGCCAGUGACAAGAUGAAGUUAAAAAAAAUAUCCUGUUACCACACCAGAAGAAAGAAUUGCAUACUGUCCUUGUGAUAUUGAGAUUGGGGAAUAAAACAUCAAAAGCAAGACACGUAAAUUGAAAAAGCAUGCGUUUCUAAUGGUAUACAGUUGUAAUGAAACCUGUGCAAAACUGCAUAUUUGUAUUAAUGUUUUGUCAUUUGAACUGAUAAGCACUUUCUGUAUCAAUAUGGCUAAAAGUUACAAUUUAAGUAUAAUUUGUUAAAUCUACUAAAACUGAGCAAAAGCCAGUAACGUAUUAUACAAUUUGUCACUUGUGUAAAGAGAUGCUUCUGACAAAACGGAAGUUUGAUUUCCAGUUCUUCAUUGCAAGUCAAUGCUCCUAGUUUAUUGGAAGAAAGUUGUAAGUAAUGUAGUGUCCACUGUUUGCCAAAGUCUAGAAACUUUGGAGAGCUGCACAGUUGUUUUUCUGGUGUUUUCAAGCAUUGGAACCAAAGGCCAAACUGCAAACAGCCUUUACAUUUUAAAAUAAAAUUAAUUUUAUUUGCAGGAUACACUUGUAUGGUAGACUGUUAAAACUAUUAUAUGACUAUUUAUAUGCAUUAUAGUGAUUGCAUCUACUGUUCUGUUUAAACUUCAGAAAAUAAAAUAACUUAUCAACUUGAAGAUAAGGCAAGUAUAGAGGUUAAGGAUUGGCCCUCCAUAAAAAUGCUAUGGUUAUGCUGCUUGAUUUUAAGUUUGCACUUUUUUUAUUGGCGUUUUAGAAACUGUUUAAACUGAACAGAAUUUGUCAUAUUUUAUUUAAUUUAACUACGUUGAAGGUGACUGCUCUGUACAUCAUGAACUUAACAAUAUACAUGCUGUAAAUGAAAGUUAACUGUCCUGUAUACUAAGUUUAUUGAUGUUUUUUAACUUACAGUUAGGACUGCAGAUGUAUCAAACACAAACCUUAGUCCAGUUGUAUGGCUUUAACCAGGUGCAGUAUGCAGUCAUGUGGAAUCUUGCUUUCUAGUGCUGGCAAAAAUGAGGACAUGUCUUUAGUUACUGGCUUCAAUAAACACGAAUCCAGACUGCUUAAAA